AUGAUUUUUGCGCCAGUUUCGCUGUUUUUUCACUCGUCUCUGAGAAAAAUGAAUGAAUUCGCGAAAUUUGCUCGAAAAUCGUUUUUUCAGCAAGCAUAACAAACACCACCGCAAAACAAUAUAAAAUUUCCAGAAGUUUCCCCAAUUGGCCAAAGUCACGAACAACGAAGGAUCGACGUGUCUACACUGGGCCGCGCGUUGCGGAUCUUCCGAAUGCGUUUCCGCGUAAGUCGUCGUUUUGUUCGCUUCAGAGACGAAUUUUGUCAAAUUCCAGAAUUCUCAACUUCCCGUUUCCGACCGAGUACAUAAUGGAGAUCGAUACGGUCGGAGCGCCGGCCUAUCAACUCGCUCUCGACGUGAACGAGGUGGACGGCGAGUGCCGGACAGCCAUGUACCUCGCCGUUGCCGAGGGUCAUUUAGAAGUGAUUCAGGCCAUGAUCGAGGUAGAGCUCCCCAAAAAAAAAAAACACUCAAAAAUCAAAGUUUUCAGUUCAAAUGCGAUUCGAUCGAUGGAAAGCGCAGAUGCCCGUUUCAACUUGACGUCUACUGCACGCGCGGGCGCACUCCAUUCAUGUUGGCCGCUUUUAAUCAGAAUCUACCGCUCAUGAAGUAUGAAGACUUUCAAAAAUUGGAAAAAUUAUCUAAUUCCACCGAAUUUCAGUGUUCUCCUCGACGCCGGCGCCGACAUCAAUCUUCCGUUGGCGGUUUUGGACAACGAGUACAGCGUGGAGGAGGGCCGAUGCAUCGGCUCGGGAGCUCUCGUCGAGGCGGUCCGUUCCGACGGACUGCACAUUGUGCAUUUCCUUCUGGAUCGUGGCGCACUCGACACCGACAACAAGGCGCUUCGUCUGGCGGCCCAGGGCAAAAACGAGAAGCUGAUUCGCGUGUUUCUCACCCGUCUCGUGUUCGCCGAUCCCGAGUACAAGAUCAACAAGAAGAACAUCGAUGUCGGACAGAUUCAAGUGGGACAAAGUCUGCUGCCCAGCUCUUUGUGCCCUUCGAAAGCGGCGCAGUUGAAUUGGAAUUCCGCGAAUUUGGAGCAACUGCAAUCGGACUGGUUCGUCGCCGCCGCACUUCACGUGAAUCCACGUCUACGCACGACGAGGCUCUCGCUGGCCGCCAUCACUCGCGUCGAUUUAUCCGAUAACCGAUUAGGCACAUUUCCGAGUAUUCUCUUCCAAAUGCCAUCGCUUCGAUCGCUAAAUCUGGCCGACAAUAGCAUUCGAACCAUCGAAAUUCCGACCUAUUACAUCAGCUCGACGUCGUUGGAGAUUUUGAAUUUGAAGAACAAUCAGUUGGAGUGUCUAACCAUUCAAUUUCUGUCUUCACUUCCACAAUUGCAACAACUCGACGUUUCGAAAAACGAGCUGAGCCAGCUGCCCGAGUACAUUUGGUUGUGCCCGGCGUUGCGGGAGCUGAACGCGUCGCACAAUCGGCUGAGCACACUGCCAAUGGUGGCGAGGACGUCGAGGGGUGAACGGCCGAGACUUCAGCACUCGAAUAACAGUGAGCUACCUUUGUUUUUUCCCCAAAUUUUGUUCUCAUCAUCACGUUUUCCAGAUUCGUCUAGUCAAUCGCCGGCAAACGAGUCGAAUCCGCUCGUCGACGAGCCGCCAAACGUGACGUCGAACCCGUUACGCCGUCAAAAUGUGUGGCAAGCGAGUAUAAACCUGUCGAAAGUCGACGACGACUGUCUGUUCCCCGACUUUCCGGUCACUUCGAGCAACACUCUCACCACCAUCAACCUCUCGCACAACAAGUUCCACACAUUUCCGUUCUGUCUCGCCUGCACUUGCCCUCGUCUUCUCAUCCUCAACAUGUCGAACAACUCGAUGACGUCGUUGCCGCCGAUGGCCUGUGUGCCCGCCCACCUACGCACCCUCGAUUUGUCGUACAACAAAAUUCAGGAGAGUUUCGUCGAGGCGACGCCGCUGCACGUCGUCUGUCACGCGGUUCCGCCCACCACCGCCAACGGCUCGAUGCUUCCACCAAAGCGACGCAACUCGCCGGCUCGUCAGAAUCGGAGCCGCUCGAAAUCGGCGGUCAGGUCACAGCGGAGUCUGAGCGUUUCACGUCAUCAAACGCUGAUCGAUCCGCAGAAGGAGGAGGAGUGUGUUCACAAGCGGCACGAUUCGCUGGAGUGGCUCAAGACGCUUCAACUGGCCGGAAACCGGCUCCGCUCAAUUUCCGUGACUGCUCCGACAAAAGUGCUGCUUCCGGCGCUCAAUGUGCUCGAUUUGAGCGACAAUAAAUUGCUCAUCGCGCCGGCUGACGUGGCAAAACUCGCGCUGCUCUCGAUGCUCAACCUCUCCGGAAAUACGUCCAUAAAAGAGCUUCCGCCCGACUACGGAAUGCUCUCGCGGUUGUGGAGCCUCUCGCUCAAAGGAUGCUCACUAAAAGAGCCGCUCGAGUCGAUGGUCAACGUGGAGAACUGCAAAACUGUGGAAAUUGUGGCGUACUUGAAGACGAUUCUCGAGGAAUCCAAGACCUACCACCACUUGAGAAUCAUGAUUUUGGGUAGCGAUGGAGUCGGCAAGUCGACAGUUUGGGAGGCGUUGAGCAAGGAAGCCGUGCAGAAGCGACAGCCAAUCCAAUCGGAAACCGGAGUCAUUCGUCAAGCCGAAUGGAAAUUCGAGGCGAAACGAGCCAAAGGCGACAAGGUGCUCGGACCCGUCGGAUUCUCGGUUAUCGAUUUUGGCGGCCAGCGAGAAUACCAUUCGACCCAUCAAUACUUCCUCAGUAAACGAUCUCUGAACGUCGUUCUCUGGAAGAUCACCGACGGAGACGAGGCGUUGGCUCAGCUCGACACGUGGCUCAUCAAUAUUCACGCGAGAGCUCCAAACUCCACCGUAAUCCUAGUGGGCACCAAUUUAGAUCAAGUCAAUGCGAAUAGCUCAAAGUUCGGCCCGGGAUUUGUGGAUAAAAUGGAGCAAAAAGUGCGGAGCCGGUACAUGGUCGCCGACGCCGACAAGUCGGGAUUGCCACGUGUCGUCGACGUGAUUCUGAUCACUUCGACCGUUCGCAACGACAUCAAAGCCCUCCUCAACACAAUUUAUCGGACCGCGUGGGAGGUGCGAAUCGGAAAGGAGCGAGCGAUGGAGCAGCAGAUUCCGUCGUCCUACGUGGCGCUGAUGAAGGCGACGAAGGAGUUGGCGGUCGAGUUUCGCAAAGAAUCGCAGCCGGCCGUGAUGACGGUCGAGGCGUACAAGGAUCGGGUCAGGAAGCGGAUGCUGAGCAAGUUGGGAAGACCGUUCCGCGACGACAUCGAGUUCCACGCGGCGUGCACAUUUCUUCACGACUGCGGAGAGCUCGUGCGCUUCGAGGAUGCCACACUUCGAGACUUGAUCUUUGUGGAUCCGCUCUGGCUUGCCGAGUUCCUCACCUCAAUCGUCGUUCUUCGAAGUCCCAACCUGCCCGCCGGUCUUCUCUCCACCGACGCCAUCAACCCGCUGACACGUGGCUUCAAAAGCGGCGCUCUUUCGAUGCUCAAGGCUCAACUGCUCGAUUUGCUGCACAAAUUCGAAUUGGCGCUCGCCACGCAACCCCGUCAGCUGCUGAUUCCGAGUCUUUUGCCCGACGAGUACCGACUUCGCGCCGAUUUUCUCGGAGCCGCCGUGAAGAUUCGCAUGAAAAUGGCGCAGUGGAACGUUCGAUGCCCGAGUCCUUCUGGCUCGCCGACAAAAUCUCCGUUGAGAAGGGCGUCGCCGAGUACGACGACGACGGAGCCGAUCGGCGAUUCCGAAGACGUCAUGCUCCAUUUCACCUACGACGACGAUCAGUUGCUGCGACGAAUCUACGCACUGGCCUAUAUUCCAUCCGGAUUCUGGAGUCGUCUCGUCACGCGGAUCAUGGGCGACAAAAAUGUGUGUGCGGCGAUCGAGAGCAUCUUCAUGACGACGUCGGCGGAUCGUGCCAGAAUUGCCGACAUUGCGACGAAGCACGCGAGGGCCGAAUGGGUCGUCUGGCAGACGGGCAUCGAGCUUCAUGUCAAGGGACAUUCGUUGUUCGCGUUGAAACAGUUUCUUCCACUGGCAGAGGUUAGAAGAAUUUUUUGCCGAAAUUUGAGGAAACAACCCAUUCAAUUUCAGAUCCGCGACAUCGACUACAGUAAUCUCGAGAUGCGCGCCAAGGACGAACAGAAACGCUGGCGGACGUGGAAUCAGCCGGCGCAUAGACCGAUUGUCGAGCUCGUCGUCAACUCGUUGAGCAUUUCGACGGCCGCCUCGCAAAACGGACGCAAACUCUCGAUGAAAACCGAUGUGGAGGGAAGAAGUCGACUAUUGGCACUGA